UUUCGUUGCAAUCGACAUAGCAUCUAUGCGUGGUAAAUUAAAGCACCGCGUGUUGAGACGUCCACCGUCGAAAUAGAAUCGCUUGAACUAUUCCCGUCCAGCGCGAAUGGUUGUGUUUUGAAACCCUUCGCAACGGGAUGGUUUCGAAAACCCCGUUAACUACGAAGAGAAUCUGCUGAAUCAUGAGCUUCUCUCGGGUCGUGAAGGAGUCUCCAGCGCUGAGCUCAUUCUCGCCAAACGGAAAACACUUGGCUGUCCCGUGCGCCGCAAAAGUUACAAUCUACAACUCCAUCACGUUCCAGGAGAUAGCUACGAUUUCUAAUGUUGACGUUGUUGACGCCAUAGAGUGGUCUCCCGACUCAAAACUGCUGUUGUGCUUGUUGCUAAAGCCCAAAAUAGUACAGGUGUGGCAUCCGGAGGAUACAACUUGGAAAUGCAGGAUAUCGGAAGGGUCGCUGGGGCUUAUAAGUGCAUGCUGGAGUCCUGACAGUCAGCACAUCUUAACAACAGCGGAUUUUCAGAUCAGGACGACAGUCUGGUCUUUGGUGGAAAAGUCUGUGCUUUACCUGAAGCAAGCCAAGUUGCCCCUGUCUCUGCGUUCAUUCAGUCAAUCCGGUGAACAUCUGGCAGUAGUUGAGCGAAGAGACUCCAAGGACUUCGUUAGCAUCAUCAACUGCAAGACAUGGACUCUUGAACAGAACUUCCCAGUGGCAUCCGAAGAUAUCGCCGACCUUUUAUGGGCUCCAAAUGCUGAGACAUUCUGCAUAUGGGAGUCUCCGAGAACAGGAUUUCAGCUCUAUGUUUACAGCACCGCUGGCGCUAAGCUUGCUUCGUUUGGUCUUAAUGAAGAGAUUAUUGGUAUCAAGUCACUGUCGUGGUCGCACUGCGGCCAGGUGGUACUGCUUGAGAGUUUUGACGACAAGAUAAUGCUGCUCGAGACAGUUGCUUGGGGCAAGCUGCUUGAUUACGAGCUCCCGGAAGUGCUUACAGACAACAGCAUGAUUAUAUAUAAGGAAGUCAAGACUAAACAAACCAUAAAGAGGGGACCAAGACCCAUUGAAAGUUACUACGAGGUUGUUCCUAUUCGGCCGGUGAGUCCUGGAUACCUGAUCAGGGUCGGCGACGGCUCGGAUGCGUUAUCGCAACAAACAGCCGUCAAGCUCAGUGCAAGUCAGAACUACCUGGCACGAAUAUCAGCAACAUUUCCGAACAUUGUCUUCAUCUUGGACAUCAGGAAGCUCAUCCUAACUGCUGUGCUAGUGCAUCUUACCCCUGUUACCUGUAUUGCAUGGGACCACCAAUCGGACAAGCUUGCCAUUUGCACCUAUGCAAAGCACCUUUGUUUGUGGACACCCUCCAAUGCAAUCACGCUAGAGGUACCCUGCAAAGGGCCUUUUCACAUAAAGCGUUGCCAGUGGAAUCCCAGACGGAAAAGCCUCAUAGUCCAUGGACAAGAUGCAGUUGUACUUUGCAGCCUGAGUCACUUGGACUGAGUGCAAAAACCCACGAAUGGCACGAUUCACUCGCAAGCAAAGGAAGACACGACAGUGCGUUUUAUAUGAAUAUAAGCCUUUUAUUGUAA